UUGAGUAUCACUGCAACUUGCUAAGCCAAUCGGUGAUCAGUUUAGUCUUUGUGUGUCUGUUGGAGGAUUAUAUAUUCAAGCCCUUUAAAUUAUAGCGAGAGAUCAGAUCUCCAUAAACACAGAAGCAAAAGUUUUGCACUUGUUCUUUGCAUCUCCCAUAUUGGAAUAUUGACCAUCUUGAGUUUCAUAUAGUCCGUGGGGAGAGAGAGAGAGUAUGACGUUAGAAGCUGUGGUGUUCCAGCCAGACCCAUUUAGCUGUGGAAAUGGUCUGGAAGGAAGUAGAUCUUGGGACCAUGGCUUUGGUUUCGGAGGAGAUGAUGAUCAACAAGAAAAAGGCUACGCUCAACAUGAUAUGCUCAACAAUGGUAAUAUUGUAGGGCAAGGCCUUAUGGGGUACUGUUCACCGUCACAGGUGAGAAUGCAAAGUGUCAACACCGGCAACUCUAAUUCCACGCCUGAAACCUGCACUGGCAACUUCAACUUCAACAAUUCUUUCUCUAGCCCGAUGGCCACCACAGGCCGGAGAAAGAGGCGGCGCACGAGAAACAUCAAGAACAAGGAAGAGGUGGAGACUCAGAGGAUUACCCACAUUGCUGUUGAACGCAAUCGGAGGAAGCUCAUGAAUGACUAUCUGGCCGCAUUGCGCUCUAUGAUGCCUGCUUCCUAUGCCCAAAGGGGUGACCAAGCAUCAAUCAUAGGAGGAGCCAUAAAUUUUGUGAAGGAGCUUGAGCAACUUCUGCAAUCUUUAGAAGUCGGUAGAAGAACCAAACAAUCACACUUGGAUUUGGCCUCCAUAUUCUCCAACUUCUUUACCUUCCCUCAGUACUCGACCUGUUCGAGUACUAACACCCACGGCCAUGGCCAUAGCGAGUACAUGAACAACAACUUGGUGCAUCCCCACGAGAUAAUGGGGGAGAAGCGGUCGGGGGCAAUUGCAGAUGUGGAAGUAACAAUGGUAGAAAGUCAUGCGAACAUUAAAGUGCUUUUGAAAAGACACCCAAGACAGCUCUUAAAGAUGGUGGUUGGGUUGCACUCUCUGCGUCUUAUGAUCCUUCACCUUAAUGUCACAACUAUGGAUAGCAUGAUCCUCUACUCUUUCAGCGUCAAGAAUGAUGAUGAACAGGUUGAAGAUAAUUCUCAGUUGACCUCAAUGAAUGAUAUUGCAGCUGAUGUGUAUGAAAUGGUGGGAAGGAUUCAAGAAGAGGCCCAGUUUUUACUUCAAUAACACUCAUCUAUUAAUUUGUUUAAGUAGCACUAUUGGCAUUAUGAUUUAUGCAUGCUUUCUGCUUUUAUGUAUCUCGUUAUAAAUUAGAACAACUUUGGUUAUACAUGUUUCUUUAAUAUAUAUUUUCCAACUAUUGCUUGUACGAACUAUGAAUUGGCCUAAAAAUUGUAAUGAUCAGUUGUUGCUACAAAUA